AGAAUUUCAAGAUGUCAGCCUCCAUGAAAAAAAAACUGGCGCUUUCCAGAUUGAUUUCAUGAUUAAAACGUACCAUCGGGGUAGAAACAUCCGAUCUAUGUGAUGAACGUGUCGAGCUGAUCUCAUAGCACGCCCGGAGUAUACUUUCAGCUAUCUAAAUUGAUCAAAACUAUUGGGAAUACUGAUAGUGAGAUGGCCACCAAAAUCUCUGGCAAACAAGAUGCAGAUCCUUUCAAAGGUGAACGUGAAGGAAAGCUGAGGGAAGUCGGCAAACAGGCUGUGUGGUCCCUGUCGUCAUGUAAACCAGGGUUUGGUGUUGACCAGCUGAAAGAUGAAUCUUUGGACAGCUAUUGGCAGUCGGAUGGCCCACAACCACACCUAGUCAACAUCCAGUUCAGAAAGAAGACCACCAUCAGUGAUAUUUGCAUCUAUGCCGACUACAAGGCUGAUGAGAGCUACACACCCAACAGAAUUUCAAUCCGGGCUGGUAACCACUUUAACGACCUCGGAGAAAUCGAACAAGUUGAGAUGAGCGAACCUCUGGGCUGGGUCAUGAUUCCUUUGAAGGAUAUCAAUGAUAAGCCAAUCAGGACAUUCAUGCUGCAGAUUGCAGUCCUAUCAAACCAUCAGAAUGGAAGGGACACCCAUAUGAGGCAGAUCAAAGUUCAUUCGCCAGUUCAGGACAUUUCAGUGGCGAAAAUGCCUAACUUUGUCACGACUGAAUGUAGACAAUACAUGCACAUACGAUAGUGAUAAUUGACACUUAGGUUUCAUCUUGAUUAGGGCAAGUUGGAGGUCGUUCAUGACAAGAAUGAUAUCUGACACAUUAGAAUGGCUGUCAUGCUUCCUGCUUCUGUGGCUCACCCUGGUUCGCUGGAGGGCCUUUAAACUGACUAUAUUUAUAUACUGCCAGAAUUGUAAUUUUUGAAAACUUUCAUGAGUGUAUUUACAAUAAAAACUAU